CAUACGAUACAUGCCAAGUGCGUACACCACAUUUGUCGUAAAAAAACAUCGGAAACAUUUUCAAGCUAACCUCUAACCCAAAAACGCUGCACGUGUUGGGUUAUUGUGUGCGUUUUAAUCAGUGAACGACGCAAGUGCUCCAAAUACCCAACGUGGGUUACUUUUUUUAGUGUGCCAAGACGCUCCCGCGUGUGAAUAAUAUACGCGCAUAUUAUAUUCGUCCAAAAUGACGGAAGUACUUCAACCCGGUCCGGACGUUUUGUCCGAGAAAAAGAAGAAGAAAAACAAGGAUACCGUGUCAUUGGGCGCGUUUCAGAAGCUCGGAGACUUUAAGAUCGAGCCCUCCGAGAAUGUAAAGAAGCUAGACACAGCGUACUGGCCGCUGUUGCUGAAAAACUUCGAUCGUCUUAACGUGCGGACUAACCACUACACGCCGCUGCCGUUCGGACACUCGCCUCUGAAGCGCCCUAUCACUGACUACAUAAAGUCUGGCUUCAUAAACGUCGAUAAACCUAGUAAUCCGAGCUCCCACGAGGUAGUUUCAUGGAUAAAACGUAUUCUGAAAGUGGAAAAGACGGGUCACUCGGGCACGCUCGACCCCAAGGUGACGGGAUGUCUGAUCGUGUGCGUGGACCGCGCGACGCGGCUGGUGAAGUCGCAGCAGAACGCCGGCAAGGAGUACGUGGCCGUAUUCAAUCUUCACUCAGCUGUGGAGAGUAUCAAAAAAGUGACUCAAGGCUUAGAGAAGCUGCGAGGCGCGCUGUUCCAGCGUCCGCCUCUAAUCUCCGCCGUGAAGCGACAGCUUCGUGUCCGUUCAGUGUACGACAGCAAACUCCUUGACUUUGACGCUGAAAGAAACAUUGGAGUAUUCUGGGUCAGUUGCGAGGCUGGCUCGUAUAUCAGAACGAUGUGCGUCCAUCUUGGACUCAUGCUGGGAGUUGGAGGACAGAUGAUUGAGCUCAGAAGAGUGCGGUCCGGCAUCCAGGGAGAAGGAGAAGGCAUGGUCACUAUGCAUGAUAUCUUAGACGCUCAAUGGGCUUAUGAAAACCACAAAGAUGAGACCUACCUUCGCAGAGUCAUCAAGCCUCUUGAAGGUCUCCUAGUAGCGCAUAAGAGGAUCUUUGUGAAAGACAGUGCCGUCAAUGCUAUCUGUUACGGAGCCAAAGUCCUUCUACCUGGUAUUUUAAGGUACGAAGAUGGAAUAGAAAUUGACCAGGAAAUUGUUAUAGUAACAACAAAAGGAGAAGCCAUCGCUUUAGCUGUAGCGUUAAUGACCACAUCAACAAUGGCGUCAUGUGACCACGGAGUCGCUGCCAAGCUAAAACGGGUUAUCAUGGAGAGGGACACGUAUCCACGCAAAUGGGGCCUCGGUCCAAAGGCAUCCCAGAAGAAGCAGCUAAUACAGCAAGGGAAAUUAGAUAAAUUUGGCAAACCUAAUGAAAACACUCCAUCGGAAUGGUUGAACAGUUACAAGGACUAUAAUAAGGGGAAAGCGAAAGAAAACGGAGCUGAUGCUCAAGACGGAGAGGAGGAGGGCAGCAGAAAGCGUACAGCCAGCACCGCCAACGCUGACGACACUACCAACUCAAUUGAAGCGAAAUCGGAGAAAAAGAAGAAGAAAAAGAAACGUGACCUAGACGAAACUGCCGAGGGAGAGACGACGGAAGCUGCCGACACCACAAUGGAGGUGGCGGAGGAUGGAGAACAGAAACAAAAGAAAAAGAAGAAGAAGAAGGACAAACAAAAAGAGAGGGAAGAGGAAUGAGGACUAUUUUGUUAAGUCAGUGAGAAUCAUAGUGAAAUCAGAUGCAAUUGGUACUAAUUUAGCUUUGUUAAUCAGCUGUAUUCUCCGAGAUACAGAUUUGUCUGUGACAGUUUAAACAUUGCUUGCCAAGGGAUUAUAUUUCGGCGGGCCCUGAAAUGAUUGUAAUGUUGUAAUGUUUACUGUAAAACAUUUAGUUAAAAUUAAGAUUGUUAACUAAAUGAACCAUAUUAUGUAAUUGUAAUCAAAAUGAAAUGAAAUGGUCUUACUAUGUUGAAAGUCCAUGUAACUUUUAAGCUGUUAAAACAUUAUUUAGAGUGCUUUAAUUUCAAAAAAUGUAUAGAAUAGUCUUAAAAAUGCUAGAAGCAAUUGUAUAAGUAUAAUUUGCAUUUGGAACCUAAAGAAAAUUAUUUUAAUUGUUGAAACAUUAUAUGCAGUUCAAAAGUUAGAUUACCUAUUUGACCACUUUGACUUCAUUUUUAUCCAGUGGGGCUACCGCGAAACCCGAAAUUCGCAAAUUGCGGGGAUCUUUCUCUUUUACGCCAAUGAAGGCGUAAUUAGAGUGACAGAGAAAAAUGCCCGCAAUUUGCGAACUUCGAUUUUCGCGGUUAUAGCCCAGUACCAGUGCUAGACAUUGUAUGUAAUAGUAAAUGUUUUCAAUGAAUGAAUAAUCUAGCAAGCUUGGCCCAUUUUUGAUCUACAGAAAAGAGUUUUUACAUAUUAUUGCGAGACUAUCAAUAACUUUGAAAUUUUCCAAUUAAAUAGGUAUAUGACCAUAUGUGCCCCUUUCAACUAAAAGGGUACUAUUGUCGGUUGUCAAUAAGGCGAUAUUCCUAUAAAACUUCAAUUUGAAAUCAACCUUAUCGACAAUGUGGUACCUUUUAGUUGAAAACGUCACAUACUCCUAGACAAAUUCGCUACGUAUUCCUAUGCUACGGGUUUUGCAUUUUUCUACUGACCCCAAAUAGUUGUAGGCGCGUAUUUUUAAGUCAGAAGUGUUUUAUUUGAGAAGUUAAUAGUUUUAAGUUAGCUUUUAAGGAAUAUGUUGGAGUAAGUUUUAUCUUUAAACUGGUCAACAUUAAAAUGUAUAAAAUAUA